GUUGAAACAUAAGCGAUCCGAAACGGAUCCGUAUCAUCUCUCCCGCCAUGAACAACCUCACCAUUUUAUCUCCUCAUCCUCUUCCACUUAAACCUUCACCAUUAUUUCCCUUCUCCUCUACUCUUUUACAAACCCUAACUUUUUGCCGCCCUAAACCUCUUAAAUUUAAACUCCUCUCUUUCAAAUCCUCUCCCUCUCCACUCCCACUCGACUCUCAUCUCUCCGACGCCGACGAGCAAGAAUUAUUCGACGACGAAGAUGACGAAGACGACGACGACGGAGAAGAAGCGGCUGAAGAAUACGAUUACUUCUCCGGCGAAACUUCCGACAACGAAAUCAUCGAAGAUAAUGAGACGGAAACAUUGUCAAAAAAUUGGCAUGCUAAUGAUAAGGAAACUAAAUCGCAGAGAGUUGAGAAGAUUCGUACGGAAGUUAAAGCGUAUGGAAAUGAUAUUAUUGAUGUUCAUGAACUCGCUUCUAUUUAUGAUUUUCGUAUUGAUAAAUUUCAGAGAUUGGCUAUAGAAGCGUUCUUGAAGGGAUCGUCGGUUGUGGUAUCGGCCCCGACUAGCAGUGGGAAGACGUUAAUAGCUGAAGCUGCGGCGGUUGCCACGGUGGCGCGUGGUAGGCGGAUAUUUUACACUACUCCUCUGAAGGCUUUAUCUAAUCAGAAGUUUCGCGAUUUUCGGGAGACUUUUGGUGAAGAAAAUGUUGGUCUUCUGACUGGAGAUUCUUCUGUCAAUAAAGAUGCUCAAAUUUUGAUCAUGACUACUGAGAUUUUGCGCAAUAUGCUGUAUCAAAGCAUUGGAAUGGCGUCAUCUGGGAGUGGACUUUUUCACGUUGAUGUAAUUGUUUUGGAUGAAGUUCAUUUUUUAAGUGAUAUCUCUCGCGGUACAGUCUGGGAGGAAAUUGUUAUUUAUUGCCCAAAAAAGGUUCAACUCAUUUGCCUGUCAGCAACAGUAAAGAAUCCAGAAGAGCUAGCCGGUUGGAUUAAUGAGGUUCAUGGUAAAACUGAAUUGGUGACUUCGUCAAAGCGUCCAGUUCCAUUAACUUGGCACUUCUCCAGAAAGUCUUCUUUGAUCCCUCUGCUUGAUGAGAAGGGAAAGCAUAUGAACAGGAAGCUAUCCCUUAAUUACUUACAACUUUCUGCUUCAGGAGCUAAAUCUUACAAGGAUGAUGGUCCAAGAAGAAGGAAUUUAAAAAAACGUGGGAGUAACAUGAGAUUUAAUAGUAUUGCUAGCAUGUCAGAGGAACCUCUCUCGAAGAAUGAUAUUGGCAGAAUCCGCCGUUCAUUGGUACCUCAAAUAGUUGAUACAUUAGCGCAGCUUAAAGUAAGGGAUAUGCUGCCAGCAGUUUGGUUUAUCUUUAAUAGGAGAGGAUGCGAUGCAGCUGUGCAGUACCUUGACGGCAUCAAAUUGUUAGAUGAAUGUGAGACAAGAGAAGUUGAACUGGCUUUGAAGAGGUUCAGCAUUCAAAAUCCCGAUGCUGUUAGGGAGAAUGCGGUCAAAGGACUAUUGAAAGGGGUUUCUGCACAUCAUGCUGGCUGCCUCCCUCUAUGGAAAUCAUUCACGGAAGAACUGUUUCAAAGGGGACUCAUUAAGGUUGUCUUUGCCACAGAAACACUUGCUGCUGGGAUCAACAUGCCGGCUAGGACAGCUGUUAUAUCAGCUCUUAGCAAGAGGAGCAGUACCGGGCGUAUCCAGCUAACCCCAAAUGAACUGCUUCAAAUGGCUGGGCGAGCCGGUCGUAGAGGGAUUGAUGAAAGGGGGCAUGUUGUAUUGGUUCAGGCUCCUAAUGAAGGUGCUGAAGAGGGCUGCAAAAUUCUAUUUGCUGGACUAGAACCCCUUGUAUCUCAAUUUACAGCUUCUUAUGGUAUGGUGCUGAAUCUCCUUGCUGGUGCAAAAGUCACUCGUAUAUCAAAUGAAUCAGACACCAGAAAAGUUCUUCAGGCAGGAAGGACUUUGGAAGAAGCAAGGAAAUUAGUUGAACAAAGUUUCGGGACCUAUAUUGGCAGCAAUGUGAUGCUUGCUUCAAAAGAAGAGCUCGCUGGAACCCGGAAAGAAAUUGAAAAAUUAUUGUCUGAAAUCAGUGAUGAAGCUAUAGAUAGAAAAAGCAAGCGAACACUAUCUGAGGAGGCAUACAAGGAGAUUGCGGGGCUGCAGGAACAAUUGAGAGAAGAAAAACGCCUUCGAACAGAAUUGCGAAGAACAAUGGAAGCAAAGAGACUGAGUGCUAUUAAGUUAUUGUUGGAGCGGGGAAAUGAUCACUUACCCUUCUUGUGCUUACAAUACAAAGAUCCCGAGGGCAUCGAACAUUCAGUUCCUGCUGUUUAUUUAGGGAAGGCGGACUCGUUUGAUGGUUCAAAUCUUAAAAACAUGGUUGCUGUCAUCGAUUCAUCAGCAACGAAUGCUAUAGCUGAAGUUGAAACUAUGGAAGAUCUUGAACCAUCUUACUAUGUGGCUCUUGGUUCGGACAACUCAUGGUAUCUGUUCACAGAAAAAUGGGUUAAAACUAUUUAUAAGACGGGCUUUCCGAAUGUGGCUUUAGCUCAAGGCGAUGUUUUACCACAUGAAGUUAUGUGGAAGCUGCUUGACAAGGAGGAGAGGCAGUGGGAAAUGCUGGCUGACUCUGAACUUGGUGGCUUAUGGUACAUGGAAGGGUCUUUAGAUACAUGGUCCUGGAGUUUAAAUGUUCCAGUUCUAAAUAGUCUUUCUGACGAUGAUGAGGAAUUACACACGUCACAAGCCUAUCAUGAUGCCGUAGAACAUUACAAGGGACAAAGAACCAAAGUAGCACGUUUAAAGAAAACGAUUGCUCGUACUGAGGGCUUUAGAGAAUAUAAAAAGAUUUUAGAUUGGAAGAGUUUCACACAAGACAAGAUUAAUCGCCUUAAGUUUAGAUCAAAUCGUUUGAUGAAUCGAAUUGAGGAAAUUGAACCAUCGGGUUGGAAGGAGUUCUUGAAAAUCAGCAGUGUUGUACAUGAAAUUAGGGCAUUAGACAUCAAUACACAGGUCAUAUUUCCACUUGGCGAGACAGCAGCUGCAAUUCGAGGAGAAAAUGAACUUUGGCUUGCAAUGGUUCUACGAAACAGAAUCUUAUUAGGCUUAAAACCUGCACAGCUUGCUGCUGUAUGUGCUAGUGUAGUUUCCGAAGGAAUCAAAGUUCGAGCCUGGGAAAAUAAUAGCUACAUUUAUGAACCUUCUUCCGAAGUGGUGAAUAUCGUUAGGAAAUUGGAAGAGCAAAGAAGUUCUCUUAUGCAACUUCAGGAAAAACAUGGUGUGGAGAGAUCCUGUUAUUUGGAUAGCCACUUCUCCGGUAUGGUUGAAGCCUGGGCUUCAGGUCUAACAUGGAGGGAAAUUAUGAUGGAUUGUGCAAUGGAUGAGGGGGAUCUAGCUCGACUACUAAGACGAACAAUAGACCUAUUGGCUCAGAUUCCUAAAUUGCCCGACAUUGACCCAAUCUUACAAACCAAUGCAAAAGCUGCCUCUGAUAUCAUGGACCGUCCACCAAUAAGCGAACUGUCGGGAUAAAAGUUCUUGUCGUCGGAUGGUUGCAAGGUAUUUGAAAACCUUGGAAAAUUCAGCUCCAGACAGGAUGAGCCCUAAUCUGGGCAUUUGACUAUUAAAAUCAUAAUGUACAAGUUUAUUUGACAAAUUUAUCAUUCAAAGAAAGUGUACGUAUAUAAUUCUAGAGCUGUCAGGUUGCUGAAGUGAAAAAAGUUCAAGUGGAAAGCUGUAGAGCAUUAAUUGGGUUAGUUUGAAUGUAAUUUCAAUAGGUUUUAAGAUAGUUUUAAUUAUAGCUUCAAAAAAUAUGUGAACUGAAUUCUUAUCAUUCUAUAACUGUGUUAAAAUCUACAUAAUUAAUGUUAUUGUUUUUGCUAUUUAAAGUAAAAAUUGAA